AUGCUAUUCAGAUCCUUAAUACCUUUAGUGCUAUUAGGUUUGAGCAAAGUCAUUGCUGCAACGGUUGAGGUAUCGACCAAUACUCUUAUAAGUACAGGCGAUACCCUCUAUCAUGAUGAUUAUAUAAUUAACCCAGGAGUUUACUUAGCAAUCGACUCUGGUCUCACUCAUAACUUCUAUGAGGACUUAACCGUCUAUGGGAUGCUCUAUAUUAGUGACAGAAAUCAUAGGACAGGGAUGACUUCUCUUUUUACUGGAACAUCUAAUACGCUUAAAAAUUAUGGAGACAUUGUCCUCAACGAUUUGAAUGGUACAUCUGCUCCCACAUUUAAUUGGAAUGGUGGAUCCGUUUACAACUAUGGAAAUAUGUGGCUUGCGGGAAUCGGUAAUACCGGUGGUUCAACUUAUAAUGUUCGUCCUCGUGUUACAUUUGUCAAUGAGGGGACUGUCACUUUCUAUCAAUCAGUUUCUCGUACAGGUGGUAAUGCACACAUAGGUCCUGAUAAUUCUGAUGUCACAAAUGAUGGGACUGUCUGUGUUUACCAGCAAAUUUUCUAUCAAGGAUCAAAUGUCUUUGGUACCGGAUGUUUUGACGUCGGCUUAGAUAGUAACUUUUGGGUCACAAAUGCAAAUUCUAGAACGAUAGCGGAAACGCAGACAAUACUUCUUAGUACAAGCUCUUCCAGUUUGAGAAUUGAUCUCUACAGACCAACUUUCUCAUAUAGGGUUUCUGGAUGGGGUAACGGGAAUGUAAUUGGAUUCAGUGGUACCAUCAGAAGCUUUACUUAUAGUGAUGAUACAUUGACCAUUGUAGCAGGUUCGUAUACAUAUACUGUUAUAAUUGGCACUGGCUACGACGAAUCCCAAAUACAAAUUGGAGCUGCUAACUUUGGACAGGGUGCAGCCGUGGCAAACUCAAACUUUGGUUUACUUUACCCUCCUGCUCCCCCUGACUCAGGAAGACCAAGUGUUUGUGCCAUAUGUCCAUCACUUCCUUCUCCCCCAAACGGAAAUGACCAAGCCACUACAACUUCGACUUGGACAGGCACUUUCACUACUACUAUCACAGCAACAGACACUCAAGGCGGUACUGACACUGUCAUUGUCGAAGUUCCAAGUAACUCCGAAACUACUCAGACUUCUACCUGGACCGGAACUUUUACCACCACUGUUACUCACACUGAUACUCAAGGUGGUACAGACACUGUUAUAGUUGAAGUUCCAAGUAACUCCGAAACUACUCAGACUUCUACCUGGACCGGAACUUUCACCACCACUGUUACUCACACUGAUACUCAAGGUGGUACAGACACCGUCAUUGUCGAAGUUCCAAGUAACUCCGAAACUACUCAGACGUCUACCUGGACUGGAACUUUCACCACCACCGUUACUCACACUGAUACUCAAGGUGGUACAGACACUGUUAUAGUUGAAGUUCCAAGUAACUCCGAGACUACUCAGACUUCUACCUGGACUGGAACUUUCACCACCACCGUUACUCACACUGAUACUCAAGGUGGUACAGAC